CGCGGGAAGGAAAAGCUCGAGAAAAUCUCGAGGAAAGACUUGGCGAUGACUUUGCCAAAAAAAGAAUCUAUAAAAGAUAAAUCAAUGGGUUCGCCAUCAACAAGUGGAGCAGAAAGCAGGCGUUCGCAUAAAUCCAUGGGUUCGAAUAGGAAAUCCUCUGACGAAAACGGCGACGGGGAAGCAUCGCCGACGCGAGCCGGCGGAUCAAAGCGGUGCUGCUGCGAUCGGCAUGACCAGGGAUACACGCUGGAAGAAUUCAUGAAGAAGCAGAAGCCGUACCCUCGUGAUCUCCAAGUGGUUCAAAAAUUAUGUCAAAGGAUUGGCAUCAAUGUUCCUCAAUUUUCUUCCAGAGAGUGCAAAUAUCGAUUUCGGUUUAAUAAAUUGCCGGACAAACUUUAUACAGACAAAAACUUCAUAGAAGAUGAUAUUAAGAUUGAAAUAGUUUUGGUAGAUGCUUCAAACAAUGUCAUCAGCUCUGGUCCCAUGGCGACAGCUGAGAUUGAAAUUCUUGUCCUUAAUGGAGAUAUUCAUGGCGAUGAAAAUGGUGAAUGGACCGAGGAAGAGUUUAAGAAAUAUGUAUUAGAGCCAAGAAAGGGUAAAGGACCAUUGUUGAUAGGAAACUUGCCCACUAGGCUUUAUGAUGGAAUCGGAAGUAUAUCAGAUGCCAAAUUUACUGAUAACUCUAGUUGGACUAAGUCUAAAACGUUCAGAUUGGGUGUAAGAGGCAUGGCUAAAGAAGUUCAAGAAGGAAUAAGCAAGGAUUUUAGAGUACUAGAUCAGCAUAUGAAACGGUGCCAAAAGGAUCGUCCUCCAUCGAUGAAUGAUAAAGUAUACUGUUUAAAGGGGAUUUUCGAAAAUGGCCCAUUCCACAAGAAGCUUGUAGAAUGUAAUAUCAACACUGUGCGGGACUUCUUAUGUUAUUGUAGCGAAAACCGUCCAGAAACGCUACGUGAUAUAAUUGGAAUGACAGAAGGAAAAUGGAGAAUAACCUAUGGUCAUGCCUCAAAGCCUAGGGAAUGUCUUGAUAUUCUACUCGAUGACUGUCUGGUUAACCCUCCUGCACCUAACCGGGCAUGUCUACCAGCGCACAUUGUCUAGCUGCUCCAAUCGGCUUAGAUUCAGAGAACAAUUUGAAAGAAACUUUCAUCAUGAGAGAUGGGGUCUGGAGCGGCACUAAUCGGGUGGAUAUUCUCGUUGAGGAUCUGCUGAAAGAAAAUGUGCCCAAUAAUUCUGAUAUUGG